UGCUAAGCAACGGCUAAACGAAUUAGAAUUACUUAAAUAUUUCGACAAAACAAAUACUACUGUCUAAUUUUUCUUUUGCAAAAUAUCUCGCCAACAUAUGAUAUAAUAAUUAAUAGUGCUUAUUAUGGAUACUUCGACAUGGAUGGACGUUGCAUUACAAAAAGCAGAGGAAUCUUUAAGAGCUGGUGAAGUCCCGGUUGGUUGUUUAUUUAUAUAUAACAACCGAAUAAUUGCGACGGGCAAUAAUACAGUAAAUGAAACUUGUAAUGCAACUCGUCAUGCCGAGAUAAAUUGCAUCGACCAAGUCUUAAAGUUCUGUAAGGAGAAAUGCAUGGACUACGAAGCGGUGUUUCGUAAUCUAGAUGUAAUUGUCACGGUAGAGCCGUGCAUAAUGUGUGUGUCUGCAUUACUUCAAUUACAAGUACGCAGUAUUAUAUACGGCUGUAAGAACGAUCGAUUUGGUGGUUGUAUCAGUGUGCUCGAAGUACCAAAGUUUUACGAUUCAAAAAUAAUGAUAAAAGGAAAUGUAAAAGGAGAAGAAGCCAUGAAGUUACUCCAAGAUUUUUAUAAAGGUGUCAAUCCAAAUGCGCCUGAAUCAAAAGUCAAAAAAGAUCGUAAAACACACACACACGCUAAAGGAACUUCGUCAACGGAGAACGAAUAAUCUUACAAUUUUUUUUUUAAUUCUACAUUUGUAUGCGAAAUGUUUUCCUAUAUAUUUAUUUGGUAUAUUAUACAGAGUACGCGCGCGUUUUCAAUAAUUAAGUACAUGAUACGUUGA